GUGAUUGAAUGCAGCAACGCUCAAGAUGGCGCCUUGACAAAGCCGCCCCCCAACCGCCACGCUCAAGAUGGUGACGCUUCCUCCGAGAUUCCCGCGCUGCGUGUCUCAAUUUAUGCGAGAGCUCCCGGCGCGUCGCGAUGGAGCCGGGUUGCGGUGGCGGUCCGGGCUUGCUCAUCGUCAAUAACAAACAACGGAGCGGAGGGCUUGGGCUCACGACGACGACGCCCCCGCCGCCGCCGGGAGGAAAGGGCCGGGAGCCUAAUCGUAACCAGCGCAAAGACUCGGAGGGCUAUUCAGAAUCACCAGACUUUGAGUUUGAAUAUGCAGAUGCCGACAAGUGGACCGCUGAGCUCUCAGAACUGUACAGUUAUACAGAAGGUCCUGAAUUCCAGCUCAACAGAAAAUGCUUUGAGGAGGAUUUUAGACUGCAUGUGUUGGAUAAGAAGUGGACAGAACUGGACACUAAGCAGCAUCGUACUCAUGCCAUGAGACUUCUUGAUGGCCUUGAGGUCACAGCUCGGGAGAAAAGGCUCAGGGUAGCUCGAGCUAUCCUCUAUGUUGCACAAGGCACAUUUGAUGAGUGUAGUUCAGAAGCUGAGGUUCAGUCUUGGAUGCGAUACAACAUUUUUCUUCUGCUUGAAGUUGGGACAUUCAAUGCUUUGGUGGAACUUUUGAACAUGGAAAUUGAUAACAGCGCUGCCUGUAGCAGUGCAGUGAGGAAGCCUGCUAUCUCCCUGGCUGACAGCACAGAUUUGAGGGUGCUUCUGAACAUUAUGUACCUCAUUCUGGAGACUGUCCGUCAGGACUGCGAAGGAGAUAAGCCUGAGUGGAAGACAAUGCGGCAGACCUUCAGAGCAGAGCUAGGGGCGCCUCUAUAUAACAAUGAGCCAUUUUCUGUGAUGCUCUUUGGCAUGGUGACCAAAUUCUGCAGUGGCCAUGCCCCACACUUUCCUAUGAAGAAAGUUUUGCUGCUGCUCUGGAAGACUGUCCUGUGUACCCUUGGAGGAUUUGAGGAGCUUCAGGAUAUGAAAGCAGAGAAACGAGAGAUGCUGGGUCUUCCCCCACUUCCUGAGGAUAGUAUAAAAGUGAUCCGCAACAUGAGAGCUGCCUCUCCUCCAGCAUCGGCUUCUGAUUUGAUUGAGCAGCAGCAGAAACGGGGUCGACGGGAACACAAGGCUCUUAUUAAACAGGAUAAUCUAGAUGCAUUCAAUGAGCGAGAUCCCUACAAAGCUGAUGAUUCCCGGGAAGAUGAGGAAGAGAACGAUGAGGACAAUAGUCUUGAGGGAGAGACAUUUCCUAUUGAAAGAGAUGAAGUGAUGCCUCCUCCUGUGCAGCACCCUCCAACUGACCGACUGACUUGUCCAAAAGGUUUGCCUUGGGCACCCAAAGUCAGGGAAAAAGAUAUUGAGAUGUUUCUGGAAUCUAGUCGAAGCAAAUUCAUUGGCUAUACUUUGGGGAGCGACACCAACACCGUAGUGGGAUUGCCAAGACCAAUUCAUGAAAGUAUCAAAACUCUGAAAUUGCACAAGUAUACAUCUAUUGCAGAAAUUCAAGUUCAAAUGGAAGAGGAGUACCUGCGUUCUCCCUUGUCAGGGGGGGAAGAGGAGGUUGAGCAAGUUCCAGCUGAAAUCUUAUACCAGGGUCUUCUUCCUAGCCUGCCUCAGUACAUGAUUGCCUUGCUGAAGAUUCUGCUGGCUGCAGCACCCACCUCCAAAGCCAAGACUGAUUCCAUCAACAUCCUUGCAGAUGUUUUGCCAGAGGAGAUGCCAACAACUGUGUUACAGAGUAUGAAGCUGGGCGUUGAUGUAAAUAGGCAUAAAGAGAUCAUUGUAAAAGCUAUUUCUGCUGUGCUGCUGCUGCUGCUCAAGCAUUUUAAGCUGAAUCACGUAUAUCAAUUUGAAUACAUGGCUCAACAUCUAGUGUUUGCCAACUGCAUUCCACUUAUAUUGAAAUUCUUCAAUCAGAACAUUAUGUCAUACAUCACAGCAAAAAAUAGCAUUUCUGUUUUGGAUUAUCCAUAUUGUGUUGUACAUGAACUACCAGAGUUGACAGCAGAGAGUUUGGAAGCUGGAGACAAUAAUCAGUUUUGCUGGCGGAACCUAUUUUCUUGCAUUAAUCUUCUUAGGAUACUGAAUAAGUUAACAAAGUGGAAACACUCUAGGACCAUGAUGUUGGUGGUUUUCAAGUCUGCUCCCAUUCUAAAACGAGCCCUGAAAGUGAAGCAAGCCAUGAUGCAACUAUAUGUACUGAAACUUCUCAAAGUGCAGACAAAGUACCUGGGACGUCAGUGGAGGAAAAGCAACAUGAAAACUAUGUCCGCAAUCUACCAAAAAGUGCGACAUCGGCUCAAUGAUGACUGGGCUUAUGGCAAUGAUCUGGAUGCACGUCCAUGGGACUUCCAAGCUGAAGAAUGUGCUCUACGGGCCAGUAUAGAACGUUUCAACUCUCGACGCUAUGACCGGGCACAUAGCAACCCUGAUUUUCUACCCGUAGACAACUGUUUGCAAAGUGUGUUGGGCCAGCGGGUGGAAUUGCCUGAAGAUUUCCAAAUGAAUUAUGACUUGUGGCUGGAAAGGGAAGUUUUUUCUAGACCGAUCUGCUGGGAGGAGUUGUUGCAAUGAUGAUUUAUAAAAGGAAAAUCUUUCAAGACACAGAGUUAAUACAUGUGCCCAAAGAUAAUGUUCCCGUUCUUCAGUCAACCAGGCAUAGAGGAGAUAAAAUUGGUUUUUUGUGACUUAUAACCAGCAGUUCUUCCUUUUUCCUCCAGGUGGCAGCAUGUACCCGACUGGCUUUCUUACACCUUUGGGGCUGCUUCAGUUAUUGAUUGCUAAAUAGGUACAGAGUAGUACAGCUUGAGCCCUGGGCCGGUUGUGGCAAAAUAUCACUAUCAAUGCUGAUUACUGUUUACUAGACAUGGCCAGCUACUUUGUUCCAAAAUUACAAUGGCAGCUUUUUUAGCUACGUCCACCACCCUUGUCCCAGAAGGGCAAAGUGGCAUCAUUUUCUUACUAGCUUCUAAGAGAGAAAGUGAUUUAUUAGUGGUGCAGAUAGAAAGAGAAAAAGAUAGAAAACUAUCUAGUGCAUAAGUAUAUAGUCUGAUUAAGAGGAACAGAAACUGGAAAUAGGAUGUAUGUAUAGUAGUGCCAGAGAAUUCUCAGCUUCUGGGACAAGGACGGGGGUGUAAGCGCUAUAGUGUGUAAGCUCUAUACCGGGCUUACCUCAGUCUUGAGAGAAGAGAAAAAGCAACUAUUUUGAUCAUGGGCGUUGCCCCAUUUUGUGUCUCUGAUUGAAGUCACACUCAGUGUUAUUGAUAUUGAUAAAUAUUAUUGAAUAUGAAUAUCCAUUUUGUUCCACUGAGUAAUUUUUUUUUUUUGAGAGAGAAACUAUGUUGCUUUUAUAUUUCCUAAACAUCCUUUUUCCUGUUGUAAUUGUCUGAAAUCCCAAGGAGUUUUAAAUUAAUUUUCAGCACAGGUGCCGAUGCCUGUGCAGCUUCCUUAAUUUGGCUCAACAUGAUCUAUCCGGCCCCAGUUUCCUCAGUCUCCUCUUGCAGAGCCAGACAGGUCUGUCCUCUGCGGAUGUUCCACUUCAACCUAAUUCUUGCAAAGGGAAGCAGGUGUAUUAUUUCCAUUGCUGUUUUGUAUGACACAAGCUCUGAGUCCCUGCUAGCUGUAUUGUGAAUGAGAUGGAAGAAAAGGCAUCUACUCAAAGAAAGUGAUAAAAUGCAUUUGUUAAUAGGGUGGAUGAUACCUGUUUCCUAGGAGAUCAUAUCUCCUGUGCUAAUAGACUAAACAGCCAUAGCUGUUGAUUGGAUUUGGUUAUAUUUAUGAGCAUUCAGGAGCCAGCACGUUCAGCUGAUAGCACAAAAUAUUGCUCUCUGUGUGGCAUGUUUGUUUGUUUUCUAGAUUGUUUUGUAACUUGAUAACAAGCUUAGAUUGCAAUACUAAGACAACUUACUUGGAAAUAAGGCCCACUGAAAUUAACGUGACUUCUAAAUAAAUACAUUUAGGACUGGAGUUGCGUUUAUAUGCUACUACGAAACCAGAAGUGAUCAAAUGCUUUCCAAUUAGCCUGGUUUACUUAUACCCAAACGCUCCUGUAUGGUUAACUGAGGUAUGACUGAGGUUGUAGAGUGUUUCUUGGAGAAAGAACAACAGGAACCAAGGGAUAUUUUGUCUAUUUAAGAGUAAGAAUUAAGUUUAGCAAAUCUUUACUUCAAGAUACUUACUUUAAACAAGACGCUGCAGGGACCUAAUGUAAGAAUUGCGGUAUAACGAUAGUUGGAGAUUUCCAGCUUUUUUCAGCUAAGAAGGUAGCCUUUUCCUUACCUCAGCAUUGUGAAUAGUGUAAUGGUGAUAUACAAUUACAUGAAAAAGCAACAAACAUUAAAAACAGCAAAAUACCUUUUAUUUUACAAUCAAUGUUUUCCUAUAUGAAUUGUGGAGAAUUUUUCUACACAGUGAAAACUAUGGGCUUGAGAAGAUGGGUAAAAGCUCUCUUUCUAAUAUAGGAGCAAGUUAAUGAAGGCAUCGUUGUUUCAAAGGUUAUGCCUUUUUUGCUGCUGCACUGAAACCUUUAAAACAUCAAUAGGAAAUCCUUCCAUAGCCAUCUGAUGUAGAGUAUAAAUGUGAUGAUAUAUAUUUGCUUGAUGUGGGGGUGGGUGGGCAUGAGAUAUCUGCAUUUGCAAAGAACUGCUAUUCAUAAGGCCACCCUUGUUUCUGGCUGUUCCCCAAUUGAGGGUAUUAAUGAAAUAUGUUUGGUAGAGCAUACCUCUUUCCUAAGUCAUCUUGGGAAGGAUGGAUCUACCAUGCAGUCUGUUAGUAUGAAAAUAGGAUAUUUUUCCUGGUUUAGUUGUGACAGCACAAGUUAUUUCUCAGGAGAAAAGUUGCUACUCCAUCUGAGAUGGGAUAAAAUUGAUUUCCCCAUGUUUCUUGCAGGUAAGUAAUCCAGCUUCUACACAUUCUUGUUUCUCUGCCUGUGUGGUCACACUUCCCAUGGUGUCUUCUUUUAUGCCUAAAAUCCUGCAGUUUUUGCCAGAAAGAGAUAUGUGUCAGUUCUGGCUUUUCCUUGGUAGCCAUUGGUUUCAUCAAAGCAGGAAGUGAAAUGAGCAGCUGGGAGGUUAUUGCAUCUUGACAGUUCAUGCUCUUGACUUGGCUUGCUUUCCACCUAAUUACAUUUCUCUGCAGGUAGGUAGAGUUGGGGUGAGGGGGUGUUUAUUUUUCCAGUGUUGAAUGGAGAUAGAUGGAAAUUAAAUGAAUAUUGUAAUAUGGUUUCAGUAAUGCUUGGUUGCAAAAGUUUUGCUACAGGAAGUUUGUGAAAAGAACAGUUCUUUGGCAUUCUAAUGUAUUUGUUUGGUUUGGCUGUAAAAAUAAUUUUGUUUCAUUUCUGAUGUCAGCAAGCACAUGACAUUUUAAAUCUUUUCAGUUCUGAUAUUAAGGGCACUUUUUAAUCAGUACUUAUUUAUCUAUGACUAGUCCUCAUAGUUGAUGGGGCCAGUUGGAGAACAAGCAAGCUACAGUCUUGAUAGCUGAUACAGUGGGGUAGGGUGGGGGAAUACCUGUCUUUCUCAAGACUCCUUUUGAGAAAACUGAUUUAUGUGCUAACUGUGGUACCAAACAAGAAGUGGUUGUGCAAUCCCUGCAUUGUCCACAGUAGACCAUAGUGGUUGAUAAUUUUGAAAGAGGUUUUUCAUCAAGUAGAAGCAACUGAAUUUCAGUUUAUUUGCUCUUUUCCUUCUUUCUCUUAAAAUAAAGCUGAACACAAUAAAUCAUAAUACAUUUCUUGGGGAUCUCUUACCUGAAAUGGCAGAUUAGCCAUUUGUUUUAAUUGCAUAGAAGUUGAAACUCUCUUUGAAUGACUUGCACUGUUUAGAAAAUGAGUUUUAAACAGCCUGUAUUACACCUGAGCACAAGAAAGGAUUUUUUUUUUUUUACUUGAAACGAGAGGUAUCUUUAUAACUGUAAGAACAAACACUUCCUUUUGGAAGUGAGUCAAUUUUACUGAGUAAGAUUUAUUGCUAGUUUUCUAUAAAAAACCUGAUAAUCUGGAUAAAAAACAGGAAAGGCCAUUUCAAAUGGUUUGCACCUCCUACAUACUCUGUUUUCUACAGAUUCUUAGUAAUGAUGACUUUUUGAGGCACAAAUAAGCUUGUCUUAUUGUAAUUGGAAUACAAGCAUAAUGAGGCUGUAAUUUUGGCCUGAAGGUACUGCUCUGUCACGCAAAUGAAAUAGUCCUAUGGUGAAAUUUAUCUAGCCCCACUGAGUGCAACCUUUCCUUAUUUUAGCCAGAGAUUCACAAUCUGAGGCCCUAGAUUUGCAGAUAGCUUAAGAGUAGUUAAAAGUUAUUACCAAAAUUGUAAUUUUAAUGUGAUGGAGGGAAAGGGGGAAUAUGCACAACUAAAGUUAUCACAGUUUUUCUCUUGUCCCAGAGAGCAGUUGUCUGGCACACCAGUUUGUGCAGUUCCAACUUAAAGAAAUCUAUCUCUACGAGCCAAGCAAGGCUUUUUAGUUGUCCCACACAAGAACACAGUAUGCCAAUACUUAGCACAAGAGCUGGGGGAGGGGGGCACCUUACUGAGUAAGCAUAACUUCCCUCAGUCUGUAUGAUGUGCAAUAAAUGCAGGGAUGAUUACUGGGUAAGAGGAAUGAGUUGGCUCCAAAGCUAGAAUUCACAAUGUAUAUAUUAUAUACAUUACCAUUCUCUCUUACCCACUCCAGUUUGGGGAAAUUUCUUUGGUAACUCUUGUUAUUCAUUAAUCACACACAGAUUUGGAGUUUGGUCUUUAUUCUAUGUGAAGAUUAGAUUUAUAUCCAAAGAGCUGGAGUGGAACUUGUAAACAUUGUGGUGGGGUGGAGUUGGUUAGAAUGAGAGUUAUCUGAGCCGUCCUUUCUGCAUGUUGUUACUGUGUGUAGUGUAAAUAUCAAUCAUGAGAAGGCCUGCAGAAUCCUUGUUCUUACAGCUAGAACCUUGAAGGAGUUCCUGUGGAAGAGACAGAUUCCAUAAUCUGCUUCAAUGUACGUUUGGUACAAGGGCAAAUGACAAUGUCCAGUCUCCUAAAUCUGGAAGCGGGGACCUAGUUCUUGUUUCCUUAGGAUAAUAGAUCUAUACUAGUGUGGGGAGUGCUGUUUGGAGAACCCUUUUCACUUUCUUCAGAGAAUCCCUUUGAACAAAAAGAUUAUUAAAUUGACAAAGGUGUCAGUUCAUGGAGAGUGGCCAGAUAGCUCUGCACUUAUCUCUUGAGGAUGUGGGAAUAUUGCACACAAGGUAAUAUUGUGUAGGGUAAGGCUUUGGCCAUGUGUGAAAAGGUUAGCCUUAUCCUUGAGCCAAGUUCUUUCAUUGUGUUUAAGUAUACCACCAUUUAGGACUGGGCUACUUGAAAUCUCCAAAUAUUUUCUUUAAUUUAGUGGAAAUAGAAGGCACCUCUUUUGGUCUUUUACUUUGAUUUUUAUGUUAUAUCUCCUCCAUAAAGUGUCUUGUUCACAGUAAAUUAUGCAUAGCUUUAAUAUAUUUUGGAAACCUCUUACUUUCCCAUGUCUUUCUUGGAAACUUAGCUUCAGCCAAGGCAUAAUUUGUUUUUUAAAAGUGUGUCCAAAUCAACCCAAGUCAUUUUUUACUGAGUUUAACUAGCGUGUAUGGAAUCUGUAUGCCAGUUGCAGAGCACUUUGCUUGAGGAAAAGCCUCUGUUUCUGCUGCCUUUAAUCCUGUUUUCUCCUCUUCAUCCUCCUCCUCCUCCUCCUCCUCCUCCUCCCCUUCAGCAACAGGCUCAGGUUUCAAGAACCAUUUCACUAGGCAAUUUGGCUUCCUAAUUACAGCAAUCACGGCGCCACUUUUGCUUUGGUUCUGUAAUUACGCUUGCUUAUUUUCAGUCCAAUUGAGAGAAACAGCUGAGUAGCAAAUUUCUAAAAAUGUUAUUUUACACCACCAAUUACCAGCGGGCAAACUUAAAAAGAUAACCCUAAACAGGGUUUUCUUUAUAGCUAUUGUGGAAAGAUUUUUUUAAAAAAUCAGCAUUUUGUUUGCUUGGGUUAAGUGCUACAGUUGACGUCUAUAUUAUCCCUGAACCAUCCUGAAUUGUUCAAUUUAUAAGAAUAUGAAAAGGAAGUGGCAACUUGAGGCUUUUUUUUUUUCGGUGCAGUUUCCCUGCUUCGUUCAUAGUAUUUUAUGGGUGGUACCCCGCCCCCCGCAUCUUUUCCUCUACUAUACACAUUCUGUUGAGAGUUGGCUGGACUAGAAAUGGGGAGAGUGUGAGUUCUAGUCCUCCUUUAUGCAUGGAACUGACUGGGUGGCUUUGGGCCAGCCAUUCUCAGCCUAACCCACCUCACAGGGCAAAUUAUGGGGCAAAUAGGAAGAGGGACCAUUAUGUACACAGUUUUCUGUUCUAAAAAAUAAAAUGCAAAUCAAAUGAGGGUAGAACAAUCCAGAAUAUCUUUAUUGCGAUUGUUGGGAGUUGGCCAUCUGGAAUCACUCUAGAAGGCAUUCAGAUACAAUGCUAAACCAGGGCUGCUUCUGAACAAGCUAUGGGGCUUGAUGUUCACAUAACUCUAACAGAUUCUAUGCACAUUGUUUCGUGUUAAGGCAGAGGUGCAUGACCUAAAGUCCCAGGGUUCCAUGGGACCCCAUCAAUCCCUUUAAAAUUGCUACUAAUUUGUAAAUGUUUGUGACAGAAUGGGAAAAUAGUUAAAUACACCUAAACAUGAUUACUGUAAUUUCAAUUAAAUGUAAAUGAAAUCAAAAUUUGUCCUGGCUGCACAUACUACUUCAUCUUGCCUCCCUCAGUUUUUGGUGCGUGAUUGAAUGGUUCUUUCACUCAAAAACCAAGUCAUUGUAGUAUUUUUAUUGGUUAUGCACCCACAACUUUGUAAUAGCCUCAGCUCAAAAGAAGUUGUGUACCCUGCUGUCAGCUGAAUACAAACUCUGCUGAUUUAGCAGUGUAUAGGAGUACCUAGGGUUGGUGGUAUUCCACUCAUCUCUAUGUAGUUAGAACUUCUCAGAACCAGAAUUAUGCACAUACUAAAUAGAGUAUAGAAUAGCCUGUUGCAGCCUUAGUAAAUUGUGGGACAGGUGUACAGUCAUAGAACCUUUAACUAGGCAUUUGAAUUAAACUCUUAAUAGAAAGGGUUUAGAAUGAGCCCCACAAACACUGUUUUGCUUCUCUGAAAAUGUCAAUAAUGGUGGAGCUAAGGUUACAUUAGGCAGUGAACCUUUGGGAACUGGAAGCAGUCUUGUACACAGACAGAGCACUGUUGCAAUUAUUCUGUUUUGUUUUGUUUUUGGCCCUACUCUUUUGUGCCUUUGAAUAGGAAAUGGGACUCUUCUCUUUCAAUAUAGCAGUUGGAACAGUAGGUUGAAAAAAUACUGAUAUUUUAUGACCAAAUUAAAACCAUUGUUUCCAGUGUAGCUUCUUGGGGAAUCCAUUAUUUAUAUUCAUUCAUUCAUUCAUUCAU